ACAUCCACACACUCUUAUUCUUCAUUUCUACCCUUUCUGCAGACAACAUGAAAAGAGAGGUGAAGGCCGGAGUGAACUUCCUCAAACGCCUGCUGGUGGCACGUGGCAAGCUCGACGAGGCCAAAGCAGAGUUGUUUGCUGAGAAGCUGCAGAAGCUUUUAUGUGACAAAUACACUGAUCACUGGUACCCUGACUCCCCCAGCAAAGGCCAGGCUUACAGAUGCAUUCGGAUAAAUAAUGGAGUACUCUGUGAUGAAGUGGUUCUGAAGGCGUAUGAGGAGAGUGAGCUCACACUCAGUGACCUGUGCCUGCUGCCUGAGGUCACCGUGUGGAUUGACCCACUAGAAGUGUGUGCAAGAUCUGGAGAGAACAGCAGGCCCUUCACAAUAGCCAGUUUCAAAGAAGAGGAGGAGGCAGAGGAAGGAGGUGUGAAGGGAAGACAGGGUGACUCCUCGGUGGAUUCAAUAAACCUGGAAACGUCAGAUUACCACUCAGCUACCUCAUCAGACUGUGGCUCCACCGCGUCGAGUGACACGGAGGAAGAAGCAAAAGACCGCGAGACGGAGGGCGAGCAAGAGAAAGAAGGGGGAAAGAAGGAGGUUGUCAAGAAGGAAGUGGCAGAAAGUGACGCCUACACGAUAGUCAUGGUGCCCAGGAUUCGGAAGCGACAGGGAGAUGGACCAAAUAAAAUCAAAUACAUCCGAAAUAUGCUCCCUGCAAGCCUCCAGUACUUUUACCACCCUGGACCAGUGUGGCCUCAGUACAAGAAGGCCGCUCCUGUGUUCCUCACCACGAUGUGUGCACCUGCGGCUCCACCGCCUCCGCCACAGCAGGUGUUCGGCUACUACAUCUUGCCACAGCCGUCUCCGCAGUUCAUUGUGCCUCAGGCCACUCUGCAGCCGUGGGGAGCUGUGAAGGGUUAGAACCAACCAGCAACCGAGAGUCGAAGGCGGAUAUAGAGUUAUAAGCUUCUUCUACUGAGCCGCGUCCUGUCAGGUCUAAACUUGGGCCAAAAAGAAUGUUUUCCACUGUGUAGUUGUUUCUUGCACAACCUGUAAUGAUUCUUCUGUCUUUUUGAAUACUGGUGAUUAGUUGCUUGUUCUCAGCACAGAGAUACCACUUGAAUCUGUCAGCUCUUCACAGCUAUUUUUUUUACAUACUGUACACAUUAAGAAUGACUUCAGUCACUGGUUGCUUGGACUAACUCAGGGACUCUCAGCAAUAUACUCAAUGCCAAAUAAUUGUCUUUCCAGCUGUUAUCACAGUCUGUCACUUCUCUCUCCAGCUGUGCUCCACUGUGUAUACUUCACUGUCAAUCAAUGUAAAAGGUGAUUCAGGGUUUUGAUCUAUUGUAGCUCAAGUGGAAGUAUCUGUAUAUCAAGAAUUUAUUUUACCAAACUGCUUGUAAAUAAUAGAGUACUUGCAUACAGAGAUAGACUGAUGCACACUUUCCAAUAUCACUUGUAAUUUAUUUGGCCACCAGUGGAUGGCACUCAACUCUAGGCUAAUACAUGAAAUUGUAUAGUUUUUAUUAACGGCAGCUGAUGGAUACUGCAUUUCUAACUUCACAGAACACUGGUUUUAAAUGGCUCCAACUUCCUGCUUUCAACAAAAUAUGUGUUUUUGUUUAUGUGUUUGCUUGAACCUGUGUUUUUUAAGCUAUUGUAAAUAACUAUCCAUAUGAAAUCUGCUACUGCUAUAUAUCCUCAUCCUAUCCUUUUACGCUCACUGAUUCUUAUGUAUUAAGAUUAUUAAAUUAUUUUAUAUGUAUAUACUGCAUGCAACUUUGAUGCCCACCUGCUUGCUUAAAGUGUUGUUUUGCUUUUAAAUUGUGCAUCAGCCAUUUACGUUUUUAUACUGAAGUGGAAUAAACCAACUUCCAUCUGUGA